CCGAAGCGAAAGCGGUAAAGUAACCAACAGCAGUUAGUUAUCCUUUUGCGCCGCCCGAAGUUUUCGAUGAAUCUGUCAAAUCUCCUUUUGCUGGCCCUUGUGGCAUCUGCGGCUAUCUGCGUCGGAUCUGGCCACAGAAUCAUUAGACCCAAGCCUCCACAGGAGUUGUGCAAUGGUGUCACCACUACUCCGACACCUCCCUGUAAACUGACAACCACUCCACCACCACCACCAUGUGAAACGACCACUAAACCACCAAGUGUUGUCGCUACUACAACAACAAUUGAACCUUCCGCCCAAACAACAACAACAACAACUUGUGCUCCUACAACUACAACUACAACAUCAACUACAACCACAACUACUACAACAACCACCACGACUACAACCACCACAACAACAACUUGCGCCCCUACAACUACAACAACCACUACCACUACAACAACCACCACCACUACAACCACCACCACAACAACAACCACCACCACAACAACAACAACCACCACCACUACAACGACAACCACAACAACACCAACUUGCGCCCCUACAACUACAACAACCACCACCACUACAACGACCACCACAACAACAACCACCACCACUACAACGACCACCACAACAACAACCCCCACCACAACAACAACAACCACCACCACCACUACAACGACAACCACAACAACACCAACUUGCGCCCCUACAACUACAACAACCACCACCACUACAACGACCACCACAACAACAACAACCACCACCACUACAACGACCACCACAACAACAACAACCACCACCACCACUACAACGACAACCACAACAACAACUUGCGCCCCUACAACUACAACAACCACCACCACUACAACGACCACCACAACAACAACCACCACCACAACAACAACAACCACCACCACCACUACAACGACAACCACAACAACAACUUGCGCCCCUACAACUACAACAACCACUACCACUACAACGACCACCACCACAACAACCACCACCACAACAACAACCACCACCACAACAACAACAACCACCACCACUACAACGACAACCACAACAACACCAACUUGCGCCCCUACAACUACAACAACCACUACCACUUCAACGACCACCACCACAACAACAACCACCACAACCACAACCACCACAACAACAACAACCACCACCACUACUACAACGACAACCACAACAACAACUUGCGCCCCUACAACUACAACAACCACCACCACUACAACAACAACCACCACUACAACAACAACCACCACUACAACAACAACCACCACUACAACAACAACCACCACAACGACAACAACAACAACCACCACAACAACAACGACAACGAAAGCACCAUGCGCUCCCAUAGUUUCAUCAACCACAUCUGCUCCUCCUAGUGAUGAUGUUACAACUCCACGUCCUCCUUGCAAUGGUCCAUCGGACUCCACCACACCUCGUCCAGAUGAUGUAACAACUCCACGACCACCUUGCAAUGGUCAGGCAGACUCUACGACUCCUCGUCCAGAUGAUGCAACAACCACAACAACAACUUGCGCCCCUACAACUACAACAACCACCACCACUACAACAACAACCACCACUACAACAACAACCACCACUACAACAACAACCACCACAACGACAACAACAACAACCACCACAACAACAACGACAACGAAAGCACCAUGCGCUCCCAUAAUUUCAUCAACCACAUCUGCUCCUCCUAGUGAUGAUGUAACAACUCCACGACCACCUUGCAAUGGUCAGUCAGACUCUACGACUCCUCGUCCAGAUGAUGCAACAACUCCACGUCCUCCCUGCAAUGGUCAAUCGGACUCCACGACACCUCGUCCAGAUGAUGUAACAACUCCACGUCCACCAUGCAAGGGCACAACCCCCUCUCCACCUCUUACAACGACACCACCACCCCCCUGCUCCGAGCCCACUACUACCGCCUGUCUUCAGCCCACUACCCCACCCUGCACCGCUGAGACGUCUAAAAUCAAGAAGACAGCCAGUGAGGGACUAAUUAAUUUGAUUCCCAAACCUUUGAGGAAUCUCCUUGCCGGCACCAGCAGCAGUUCUGUGGGCACCAGUGCCAUGUGCGUUGGUCGUGCUGAGGGCAGUCUGGUCCAGGACCCCAACCACUGCAGGCGGUUCUACGAGUGCCGUGAGGGUCGCCGCCUGCUCCGAAAGUGCCGCGCUGGUCUGUGGUUCGACUCGGAGGCCGGUGAGUGCCGCGCCCGAAGCCUUGUGCUGAACUGCCCGGCUCAGCGAAACUAAACAAAAACCUCCUCCCCCUGGAUUGACGAUAGAGCUUGCACUGCAACUUGUAUUCCUAACCAACAGUAACCACAACUCAAUAAAUAGCAUUAUAAUCACAAAA